CUUAAGUAACAUUCACAAUUAUUUCAAACAAAUGAAUAAUACUUUCACCAUGUGUAAUAGUGAAUAUAACAUAGCUAAAACGGAUUAAAGUGAACGACAGAAAUUUUGUCAAAAUAUUACAGAUGUGCAAUAUGCUAAUUCAUUUUCCAGUUGAGCUCGCCUCGUAGAAUAUAUAAACUCUUACAAUUGCUCGUUCAAACACUUCCAUUGAUAGUUUGGAAUAAUGUGCGGUUUCCUUGGAAAUAACGAGUGUGUGAAGGACACUCUGGUAACUGUGGAUGAAUUUGGAAGAAUUUAGUGGACGAAAACAGACGUUUACAAACACCACUUCAUGGAGGCAUUUGGUACUAAAAAGAAGUUAGUUUAUUGAUGAAAUGGAUACAAUAGACCACCCUUUGAAGUUUCAAAACGUGAAAGUGUGAAAUUGUGAUGCACGGGGUGCAUUAAGUCAUGUGGAGUAUAUAUACAUGUGGGAGGGGACUAUGAAACUGCGCUUGCGCGGCGUCCUUGUCGUCUGCGGGGCUCUGUCAUUCUGCGCAAUCUGUCUUACGUUCUCCCGUCUACCAAUCGCCCAUGAACGUCGACGGCCGUUCCUUCCAAACGGACAUGACGUCAAACGAACGUUUUCUGUGGAUUCCGGUGAAUUCGCCCAUAUUUUCACUUUCCGGAAGAGACUUAACAAAAGUAACUACUCAAGUGAUAACAUUAGUCCCGAAAUGGCUAAACGCGCCAUGGAAGUCAAAGCUAAUGACACAAACGAGGAUUUGAAAUAUCAGAGCGACAGCUUUAAUAAUGAUAAUUUAAACGACACAAAUCUAAGAAACCAAAGACCUAAUCUAGUCGGUUCUUAUGUAAAGAACUCCCAGUUAAAUUUAACAAGCGAACUUGUAGAUAGGAUGUUAAACAAGUUACAAACAUCAAACGGGUUAAAGUUUAACUUUGAGAAAACCCGCAAUGUGCCAUAUAGAAACUUUCUGAAGCUGCAAAGUAAACGGAUCCGCCGACGGGGAAUGGGCCUUCCAAUCUAUGAGAACUACAAUGGAGGACCCGUGUUAGCCAACUGGGAGCGCUUCCACAAGGGUAUCCACCAGUUCGGGCUCUAUGACGGCGACGAUCCAGCCGUCAACGGCAUUAUGGAUGACAUGGCCAACCAACAGAUCGUCGACAUAGAGCAGAAGGAGGGCGGUACCCAGUUGAAGCUGAUCGUCACCUUUUCGGACGAGGGUCAGGCGCUCUUCAAACCUAUGAGGCACCCCCGGGACCAGGAAACACUGCCCAACCACUUCUACUUCGUGGAUUUUGAAAGACACAACGCAGAGAUUGCCGCCUUUCAUCUAGACAGGAUCCUUGGCUUUUACCGUGUGCCGCCGACGGUCGGACGAGAGGUGAAUCUGACCCAUGAAAUCAAGCGGCUGGCUGAGCCAAGCCUUAAAAAGACAUUCUUCAUAUCACCAGCAAACAACGUCUGCUUCCAUGGCACGUGCUCUUACUACUGUGAUACAAGUCACGCGGUGUGCGGUCGCCCAGCAACGCUAGAGGCGUCCCUAGCAACCUUCCUGCCGCCCGAGAGAAUUGCGCCUCGCAAGACCUGGCGGAAUCCAUGGAAACGCUCUUAUAGUAAGCACCGAAAGGCGUACUGGGAGUCGUUCGAUGACCUGUGUGGGCGCGUGCAGGAAAAGGAGCCGUACACGAGCGGCCGCCGCCUCCUCGACCUCAUAGACAUGCACGUGUUUGAUUUCCUCACAGGAAACAUGGACAGACACCACUAUGAAACUUUUACCGACUUCGGUAACGAAACAUUCCUUCUUCAUCUUGACAAUGGCCGAGCGUUCGGGCGCUCCGGCCAUGACGAGAUCUCUAUCCUGGCCCCGCUGUACCAGUGUUGUAUGAUCAGAUACUCCACUUUUCUUAAAUUUGUAAAACUAUAUCUGGGACCAGAGCCCCUCAGUGUACUCAUGCGGACCUCAAUGGCACGUGAUCCAAUCCAGCCAAUCCUCACGGAAAGUCACAUACGGGCACUUGAUCGUCGCGUUAUCCGGGUUCUUUCAACUAUACAUGACUGCAUGCAGGAUAACCCAUAUACUGACGUCAUCAUUGAUGAUUUUUUCUAGUCAAAGAUAGCAAUUCUGAACUUUGAUUUGCAGUAAGUUAAUAAUAAUAUAUCUGAGGUGUAAUUGUGGUCCGUCGGUUUGACUGUCUAUUUUACACACAGCCAAGAUGAUGACUUCUAUAAAUUCGGGAUUUCCAUCUCGAACAUUGUGUUAUUGCCAAGUCAAUCGCUUAUAUCGAGUGGAUGUCGCCGCUGGUUGGUUGACCAUGAAGUGUAUGGUCAUACUCACUAAAGACAAUGAAACAAACCUAUUAAAUUAUGACACAAAUGAAUGCCCUUUAGACUUCAUCUGCAUUUUAAAAAAGGCAACAUGCUGAAUAUGAGUUCUAAAUAUUGACCAUACAGUAAAGUUCAAGGUGAAAGUAAUUAAAAAGAAACAGUAAUUACGCUAUUCAAAAACAACGGCUUAGUACUUGGCACUGAAAAAGGGUAGUGGCACAUGGGACAAAACGACAUGUUCUCACGUGGCAUUGAACACGAGGUCAUACUUCCGGUUCAACAUGAUCAUUAAUGUUAGGUAAUUUGAACUGAAGGUUUGUCCAAGCAUUUUGUGCAAUGCAACUUUCCGACAUUGACGACAAGUUGCUAAAAGUAAAUAUAAAAUGCCCCUUGAAUAUCGUUCAUGAUGCAUCUUUUUCAAAUUAUAUUCAGAGCUUCGUCAAAAGCAUCAUUGACUCUUUGUUUGCAAUAUAUUAGGUAGGAGUUGGUCUAUUUUAUUUAUUUUCUGGACGGAAGUGAUAUGUUAUUCAUUGUGUGUAUUUGAACAACACAUACGGACAACAGGGUACUGUGUGAUUAUUAUGUACAAAACCAUUUUAUUUGUUUUUUCUCAGACCUGUACUCCUUGUGAUGACAGUGUGUACAAUAUUUUAAUUAUGCAAGUUACAAUUAUAGUAAAACAAUCUGUUGUGAUUAUUCGGAAACACACAAUCUCAUUCAUUCGCAACAUCUCGGCGAUCUCCGGCAAGCUUGGAGGAUAGAUUAUUUGUAUUUCUUUGGAUAAUGGCCGAAUGUGUUCCGAUUACAGUCUUUUUGUGCUGUUAGGCUGUUCGUUCCGUCGCAUGACACUGUGAGGCAGUUCAAUAUAUAUCAUAAUAUUAUGGCCUAAACAACGUUUGUUUCCUAUUUCAAUACCAAAUCAUAGGGCGGGAUUAUUUGUUUAAAAUCAGCUAUGUUUUAUUGAUAUUUCCACUGUAAAACCGCCGCCAUUUUGUUUAGUCCAUAUCAACUAGACGCUGUAUAAACUGGGGUGCCGAGGAUGUAUAAACAGUACUUUACGCCUGAUGUCGUCACAUGGAACUAUGGGAAAGAAACACAAAACAGAAGUCAAAAGUAUGUCCGAUGUCAGUUCAAAAUAUUGUCGUAUGCAUAAAUUUAGUAUCGGUCGGGAAACAAAGAAACAAACAUUCUUUAGUUCGCCUAGAGAAUUAUAUGAUGUGGUUCUUGGUACAUAUAUGUAAGGAAGUAGUCACCUACCAUUUGUACACUAAGUAGUUACCCUGGUGGUAUAAAGACGAAUUUAGAUAUUUACUUUCAAUAUUUCAAAAUGUACUUACAUGUACUACAUUUAUUAUGUGUAAUGUGUUUAUAAACGUUAUAUCAAAGGUCUCACUGUUUAGAAAUCCAGUGUACUGUACAUGUUAUAUUAUACAACUCCUACAUUUAAUGAUUUGUACUUAUGAAAUGUGUAUGAAUUUCCAAUGAAAUAAAAUGUUAUAUUUCUA